AUGAUGAUGCUCCCCAGAGCCGAUCCCACCCCCUCUGCAUCCAGCAUCUCACCAACGACUGUCUACGGAAUCACACCGACAGCCUUCCCAACAUACCCAAGUCACCUCUAUCGACCUCAGGCGACUGAAACCUCUGCAUGGGACACCCUUUGGAGAUCUCCGAAAUCUUUCUCGAAUCUUCUGAUUUUCAUCCCACUCUUCCUAGGCACAAUCGUCUGCCUCCUUAUCAUGCUUGGGUUUUUAGUGUUGGUUAGGGACUACGUUCUACUGGAAUCGGCGAGCACAUACGGAGAAAGGCAGCAGACUAGAAAAGAGGAACUACUCGCAGCACAAGCCAUGAUCGCUGAAGAAGAACACGAAAAAGAAGGCAAGAGUGCAGCAAUCUGGUUUUGCACGCAAGAGAUCAUGGGAGAGGAUCAUGAGCUUAUGUUUGGCGAUUCGAGGCCUACAAUCCGCGUCGUAGCCGUCUAUACCGCUGGUGUCGGGCUCAAAGUUACUCUUCCCAAGUUCGCAGCUUCUCGAGUCGAAAAGCUCAAAAUGCAGCAGUUCGACGACGAGGGCGUUUGGGGCGAGGAUUGGGAUAAUGCGUCGAAGUCAGAUUCGAGAGCAGGAUGGAUAUGUCUGGGUUGGAAUCGUGAUGGCAACGAGGGAGUGCAGACGGCCGUCGAUGCUUGGAUGGAGAAGUGGGAUGCGACGGUUGCGAGAGACUGGGAUGACUGGAUUAGAGGAUUCCUUGGUGAGAUAGUGAACCAGAGGUGUGAGGUUGGCUGGGAGUUGCUGAGAACAACAGGCGCUGCCGGCUCGAGCACUAUCAGAUGUGAGCGAUGCAGAUAG